AUGUUCCUGACUUUGAUACUCCACAAGCCCUCAUCAGAUAACUCAAAUGAUUUUGUGGAUCUACAAAUUGCUCAGCUCCUUCCCUCUUCAAUUGAUCCCAAUUACAGGCCCAAGAGGAAGCAGACAAGAUCUGAAAUACGAAAUGAAAACUACAGCUGGGACGAAAGAAAACAGGGAGAAUUGGAAUCUCUGACUACGGAUGGAAUGGCCACCACCGAGUCUAACUGUUACUUAGGAGCAGCUUCAAGUGCUGCUUUGAUUAAUCUUAUUGGCGGAGGGUUCUUCAUGAAUGAGGGUAAAGUAACGUCUCCUGUUUCAACCAGCUCCUCGAAUCUUUUGAAUCACGGUGUAAUAUCAAGAUCCAAGCUUGAACACUACAUCAAUCAGUACUUUGAAACCUACCAUAUUUCAUAUCCCAUGGUACAUAAACCGAUGUUCAUGGCUCAAUUCAACGAGAUCGUAUCACCUCCGAACGGAUGGGAGAGCUUGCUCUAUAUUGUUGCAGCAAUCGGUUCGUUCAUGUCAGCUGUUUCUCCCGAAGAGAACGAUGAUCUUAUUCUUUUCGAAAUUGCAAAAUCAAAGCUUUCAAUCGAUGUGCUAGAGACUGGAAAUCUUACUUUAGUACAGACAUUGACGCUUAUGUCAAACUAUCUACAGAAGAGAGACAAACCCAACUCCGGCUAUAACUACUUGGGACUCGCUGUUCGAAUGGCUCUCGGACUCGGACUCCAUAAACAAAUAAGUGAUACCAACGAGUCUCUUUUAGACCAGGAAACAAAACGAAGGAUUUGGUGGUGUCUCUAUAUCUUUGACUGUGGACAGACAAUCACCUAUGGAAGACCAUUGGGUAUCCCGUGUGCUGGAAUAGACUCGAGACUUCCUCUAAACAUUUUGGAUACUGAAUUAACUGGGUUUACCAUAUCCUUGCCAAAGGAGCAAGAUUCUUCCACAGAUUAUACCAGUCUAAGGCUUCAGUCUUUGUUCCACAUAUUUACCAACAGUAUUUAUGAAAGAAUUAUAACUGAUCCAUUUCCGUCUUCUCAGGAGCUUCUAAAGUGGGACGAAAUGUACAUACAAAGAUGGAAGAAUCAAAUUCCCGAAUACUUCAAAGAAGAUGCUACAGUCCCCCCAAAGUACCGUUUGGCUCAUGCUGUAAUCGAGUGGAGGGUACGAAAUCUACGAAUUAUCAUGUACAGAACGUUCCUCUUGAGAAAUGUAGUGGUGAAUUCAAACGGAAUCGAACAAGAUUACGACUCAAAAGCUGGUGAAAUCUGCCUUCAAGAAUGUAGUGCUACAGUCAAGAGCAUGUAUUUGUUCUGGAGUGCUAAGACCACGUAUAAUCGAAUGGAUGCAUGGUAUUCACUUUUUUUCCUAAUUCCAGCUGUGGUCAUGCCAUUGGUUUGUCUCAGAAACAAUCCGCUCGAUGCAAACGCUGAAGCAUGGAGAAGUCGUAUUCUACACUUCAUUGAGUUUUUGGGUGCUGGUUAUCUCACACAGGGCGUAGAGAGCCAAGAGUUAAGUUUUCCAUUAAAUGGUACUGACGAAAGCCCUUUCUCUCAGUUGAUACAACUUCACUCAAUGCUCUGGCCUGUUUCGUUUGAUAUAGAACAACAGUUCUUGUAGUGCUGUGUAUUUUAAUGUAAUCUAUUAAAUCAAA